AUGGAGGCAGCUCUCUGGAUCCGCGUCGAAUUAGUCGGGAUAGUCCUCGCCGCCGGGGCAAAUGCGCAACAGAAAGAUCGAGACGGGCGUGUCGCUGCAGAAUUUGCCGAGGAGAAUGAGAGAAUCGAUGAAGAGAGGGAGUAUCGACAUGUCGACUACGCGGAGAAACCAUUCAAGUCAAAGAGUCGUCUAAGACAUAUCAGGGCACUUCUCGGAGUUGCGCCUCCUUUACAAGCCCAAGUCGCCAAGUCCGAACUCGCCAAUUUGUUCCAACCCCGGUUUGUAAAAUCGCCAGUCGCGAAGACUGCUCUUUUGAUAAAUCCGAGACGAGACAUCCCAAUCGCGCAACAGGAUCAGACAAUAAGGGUUCUCCUCCGAGGCAGACUAUUUGAGCCGGUUUUUGCCGUUGGCGGUUGGACUAGUGGUGGCUCCCAGUCCCCGUUUGGUGGCAACGAUUACAGCAGGCUGGACUCCAACUACUGGGCUCACAAGACGCUGAGCUUUGCGAAGAGAAUCGGGUUCACUUUGAGGAACACGAGUUAG